AGUGAACUGACUUUCUGUUGCGAGUUGGCAAUUUGACUUGACGCGAAUCGAUCGGACAGCGCACUUCCCAGUCAUGGAGUCCAUAGGCACCCGCCUGGAGCAGCAGCUCCCUGGCUUCAAGGCCUCCUUCGGUGGAGAGGAGCUGAAACGAGCAACAGCUGCAUUGGCGGGGGCGGUUGACAUGGGGAAAGGCGCAGCUGAGCGCAAGAACACCGUAAUUGCCGAGAGCACGACGGAUGAGACACCUUCUUCCAGCGUACCGUCCGUGCCCUCGGAGUCCUCCCGCAGCAACGGCGCGGCCUCAGCAACGCUAUCAGCACUGCUGGCUCGCACCUCCACUGCGCUCACUUCCUCCUCGGCGUCAUCCUCCACGGACUUUUCCGAUACCGACCUGCUGCUACGGGAACUGGCGCUAGCAGCCAACCAGUACGCGCGGCAGGAGGAGGCGGCCGCAGCUGCGGCGGAGGCGCGGAAAGCGGCGGAGGGGCGGGAAGCAUCAGCAGGGGGCACGGGGCCUGUUAGCAGCAGCGGCAGUGGGCAGGACUACGACAUCGUGUACCACCAUGCGCUGGUGCUGCAGGAGCUGGCGGCCAAGUUGCCGGGAGGCCACGCGGAGCAGCUGCAGCUCUUGCGGCAGGCCUGUGAGCUGUACGCCUGCGCCGCCGCGGCGCGGCCGUCCUCCCACUCGGCUCUGUACAACUGGGGCGUGGCGCUGUCCGACAUGGCGCGACUGCUCAAGGAGUCAGACCCAGACCAGGCGCUCAGCUGCCUGCAGCAGGCGACGCACAAGUACGCGGGGGCGCUGGACCUGCAGCCCGGCAACCCGCAGGCACUCAACAACUGGGGCCUCAACCUGCAGGAGAUGUCGGGCCUGGUCCCCGCCACCAGCCCCGAGCGGGACACGCUGGUGGUGUACGCGCUGGAGAAGUUCCGGCACGCGGUGCGGCUGCGGCCGGACUUCGACCGCGGCUGCUACAACAUGGGCACUGUGCUCUACAGCUAUGCCUGCGCAGUUCAGGCCGAGCUGGCGGCACAGCUCAAAGCCGGCCGCCUGACCAGCCAGGAUGCGGAGACGUCGCGGGAACGGCACGCGCGCGAGACACGAGUGCGGGCGCUGUUCACGGCGGCUGCGCAGUACAUAUGCCUGGCGGCGGCGCUGCAGCCGUCCCGUGACAUUUACAGGCGCUCGCUGGCCGUGGUAAAGCCCAUGCUGCCGCUGCCGUUCCUGCGUGCCGGCUACCUGACGGCGCCGGUGGAGCACACGCUGGGCGGCCCGGCCGAGGCGUGGCGACGCGAGUGGUUCGUGCUGGACCAUAUGUCCCUGCGCUCGGCCUCGGCGCUGGAGAGCUCGCUUAGCAGCGCGGCGUCAGGCGCCGGCGGGCUGGGCAGCGGCGGCGCUGUACCAACGCUGAAGAUCGGGCACGCGGUGAAUGAGGUGCCGCUGGUGGUGCCCCUGGAAGCCAUUAUCAGCGUGCGCAGGUGCUAUGACCCCAGCCUCCCGGAGGGUGAGGCGCUGUGGCUGCAGCUUGCGUAUCCGCUCAACACCAGCAGCGCCGCCACGCACCCCCACACGCACGCCCUUGGGCUGGACGCCUUCGCCGCCUCCACACACGCCCUUGGCACAGCAGCCCAACCUCACGCCGCCCGCCCCCCUGCGGAUCGCAGCAGCGCUGAGCCGUGGGCCGCCGCCGCAUCUGCGGCGGCGGCUGCGAGGCCUGGUGCCUCCAUAUCAAGUGUCGGGCGAGGUCAGGGGCUUGCGGAGGACGGGCAGGGCGGCGCGGCGGCGGCAGCGGCUGCCUCGCUGCUCUACCCGCCUGGCUGCGCGCCGCCCUGCUGCUGCGUGUGGCUUGUGGCGGAUGACGCGGACUCUGCAGACGCAUGGGCGGAUGCAUUGCUGCUGGCGCACCACGUCGCAGUUAGUAGAUCGCCUUACGCCCUGUCAGAAGCUCUCACGCCGGCAGCCACAGCUAACGGCGCUGCGGGUGUCCCGCCCCGCACGGCGCGGGUGAGCGGUGGCGGCGACUUGCCUGGGCUGGGACGGGCCGGAUAACUUGUGCGCGCGCGUGUUCAUGCACUGCAAUUGCUGCCGCGUUGCAGCAGUCGUGCAUCCACGGUACUGUGUGCGGCGUGGAGGCGAUGGAACUGCUGGUUGACAGUGAUGUCGGGAGUCGAUGAAACUGCUGGUUAGCAGUGACGUCGGGCGGAGCACAAGGGUUACUGGUGGCAAAGCAUAGGGUACGGUAGUUGACAAGGUGGGUGCCACCGUGAGGCCGUGUUUUGGGCCAGGCUGCGAGCUAUGAUUCCAGCUUAGGUCUAGGCAGAUGCGAGUAGUAUGACGGAGUACCCAUGACAAUUGACAAGUAACAGGGGCAGUGGAGUUGGAAGCAAGCUGCACACUGCUGGCACACGUUGGGACGGGGAGUCGCGCACGCAUGUCUGUGGUGGAGUCCCUCCACCCAGUCCGGUCUCCCACACGGCGUAGGGGUCUCAACCCACCGUCUUCCUACGCCCCAAGGGUGGGACUUAAGCCCCCUGUCCGCCACAAAGGCGGGUUAUCACGCUCAUCAAGAUUGCGCACAUAUGUAACGGAGCGGUUUCGACUUUGCCCAGCUUAUUGACGUGACAGGCAAUGCCCAACAUUACUCUGUGGCAUCGUUUACGUUUCAGAUAGCG